GUUCGUCAUGUUUAGAUAGGUCGUUCCUCAAUUUGACAGAAAAAGAACAUAGAGUUCACCAGUUUCACCAGAGUCAGUUCAGCUUUUUAAAGAAUAUUUGAAAUAUAACAGAGGAAAAUGAAGCUGAUUUUCUUUCUUCUUGCCCUCUUGGAGAACGGAAUGAAUUCAACAGCAGGACUCCGUGUGCUUUAUUCUUCACAGGAAAUCAUUUUAAAAUAUUUAUUUUACCCAUAUUAUAAUAGUUAUGAAAAAGCUUGUUGUAAGUUCGAUCAGUCGGAGUGCUUUCUCUUUGUUAAUAACAGAGGACAAGCUGCCUCCCUAUAUAUAGGAAGAAUAUUCAUCACUAAUUAUGAUGGAGAAUUUGAAGUAAAAAUUACAGGCCUGAGCAUAAUGGAUGCUGGCAGAUACAGAUGUGGUGUCAGAGGCUUCCCUAACACCUAUCAAGAUGUUCAAGUUACAGUUUCUGAAUUAACAUAUUACAUUGGAGCAAACACAGCUCCUCUCUUGCCAAAAUCCUCCAUCACACCAGCUGUCUGGCCCUCUUCUUCUCCUUCUAUGCCAAUUGCAUCUGAGGACGACAAAGAUAAACUAAGCAGUCACAGCUGGAGAACAUCCUACACGUUAGCUGCUGUUUUAAGUGCUCUGCUGUUUGCUGUCAUCUCAAUGACACUGCUCGUGUACCGUCUAAACACCAGGAAGAAAAAAUCCACAGAUAAGAGUGAUAUUUGUGGUUCUCUUAACGUCUCCCUGGAGCAGAAUGGCAUCAUCUACUCUAUGGUGGAAUUUAAGCCCCACCAGGAUCCAUCUGAACUUUAUGCCAAUUUGCAGAUACACAACCCAAAAGACACUGAUGCUUCUUCAAACUGUAAAGUCACAGUAGAGGAAAGUGUAGAAUAUUCCACUAUUAUGAGAGCAUCAGCAUAAACAUUUGCAAUAAUUGUGUUCUAUGUUUUCAUUGCUUUGAUUUGUUUUUGUUGUGGUUGCUUUUGUUUUCUUGAGGGUUUUUUUUUCCUUGCAAGAUUUUUCUAAAAACAAUAUUAUUAAUUCAACACUGGUACUGAUACUGAUAAGUAUUUUACUCUUGAAAAUGUAAGUAUGAUGAUAACUGCCGGAAAAUGUCUAUAGAAGUAAAAUGUAUUUUCAAAAAAUUAAACUUUUUGGGUUUUUGA